UACGUGAAUAUGAUAAAGCUUAAUUUGAACUUUAAUCUUAAGUAGCUAAUUUGUGAACAUUGAAAAACAGUGUGUUUAUUGACAAAAGGUUUUUGUACAUUGUUGAUAUCAUUUCAUGUUCACUUCGUUCGAAUUCGUACGUGUUCGUAGUGAUUCGGGUAUUACUCAUUCGCGACGAUUCACAAAGCAGUGUAAGAUACAUUUGUACGAUCGUGGUUUAAGCGAACAAAAACGUAGAGUAAAAGUAAGAGCAAGAACAUUCAUAUAUGUUCAUUUGGUGCAAAUGAUUAUUGAACAAGUUGUUUGUUCAUAUUAAGUAAUUCAAAUAAAAAAUACGGACAUCUAAAUGCUAAGUAGAGGGAAUUGAACCGUGUUGAUUUGAAACGCGUUAAAUUAAAUCACUUUGAGUUGUUUAGAUUGAUCGCGUCAACUUGAAUUUUAUCGAACUGAUUCCUGUUGAAUCAAAUCGCAUCGGAUUAAAUCAAAUCAUAUGGAAUUAAAUCGCAUGGAGUCGAAUUGUGACGAAUUAAAUUGUAUCGAAUUGAUUCUACGAGCAAAUGUUCAUAUUGUUAGAGCAUUCGUUCGCUUUAGACAUCCGAGCGGCGAAAGAAUGCUCGUGUACGUUUGAAUCUUAUCAUAGUGGGGGAAGAAUGAGUGUUCGCUCGCUUAUUUCAAACGCACCGUUACAGUAUCUUUCAAAUAAGCGCAGAGAGAGUGUGUUUUCCUCUUUGUAGGAGCUCAUUGCUCUUACGUAAAGAAAAAAAAAAACAAAACAGAAGAAUAGCAGAGUGUAUAUAGUUUUUGGAUGGUUUUGAAAUCUUGUGGUAAUACAAGGCUAGCCAGCUGCGCCAUUCUUGUUGUGUGACAUUCAUAUCAUCAGGCACACUACACAUCUUGUGUUUUUCUUUACCUCCUCAUCGUUGCUGUAGUGAGCUGCAAGUCACACAUUGCAGGAAUGGACACAUCGGGCUUGCCUGUACCGGAUGCAAUCCACCCUUUAUUCGAACAGUUGCAGGAAGCUUUGGUUCUUGAAGUAAAAUAUCAACCUAACCUACAGUUACCCACUAUAUCACAAAAUGAUGAAAUAACAAUUGGAGCUCGUGACGGAUCAGCUCAUGUGCUAAGAUGCCUAAAAGUAUGGUAUGAUUUACCAUCUGAUGUAUUUUUUGUUGCUAUCAAUUUGAUGGAUCGCUUCUUAACAAAGAUGAAAGCAAGACCAAAACAUAUGGCUUGCAUCAGUGUAUCUGCUUUUCACAUAGCUGCUGUCCAGUUAGCACAGUCCUUAGAUGCUGAUCACUUAGUCUCUAUUUCUCAAUGUAAAUGUACCGGUGGUGAUCUUAAACGUAUGUCAGAAGUUAUACAAAAUAAGUUAGAAUGGGCACCUGGUACACAACCUGUUACAUCUUUAACUUUUCUUCGAUUAUUCAAUGCAAUGUUUCAUGCUGUUGCAUCGCAGCUAGGAUUAGGAGAAGUGUAUACUAGUAUCAUUACGGAAUCAGAACUCCUUCUCAGGUUAGAAAUGGUUGCUUGUGAUGGUAACUGUGCUAGCUUAAAGCCAUCAGAGGUGGCACUUGUACUACUGUGCAUAUAUUUAGAUAAUGCUGUUAAUCGAUUGGAUGCUAAUACGGAUAACACCAUAUCUGCAACUGCUACUUCUAGCUCCUCUGUCAUCAAUACAACUGUUACAUCAAAGCAUCAAAUGCUUAGAAUUUUAGAAUUUGCUGUGGAACUUCAAAAAUUAUGUAAGAUUUCAGAUACAAGUUUCUUUUCUACGCAUGAAGCUGUGGGUGCUAUAUUGAGCAAAUAUAAUGCCCAAGAACAAACCCCUCACAGACAAAGACUGAUAUGGAAAUUGUCCUCUCGUACAGCGCGUCUUUUACGUCCAACUGAUAAAUUUAUUUCUGUAUUACCCGCUAUCGCUGAACAUGCUCCGGUUCCUUCACCGAGUAAAAUUAGAAAAAAUCGUAAGUUCGGUCGACGUCAUGGAAACAAGAGGCGUUAAAUAGCAGUAUCGAGGCCUUAACGUGCUGGAUCGGAAGUUGAAUGUUUGUUCAAAAUACCGGGCAAAGAAAGACUUCAGUUUGAAGUUUAAAAUCAAUUUUUUUUAAAAAGUGAAAUAGAAAGUACAAAUGAUAAUGUAUUUAUGUCGUAUGACUAAAUUUCGGAUAUCUCUUACGUUAUACAUAUAUCAGAAAGUCGAUAUCAAGAAAAUUAUUCAUUACAGCACUCUGAAUUCCUAAACCGAUAUUAUUUUUCAUAUGUGAAAUAUGUUAAAAAAGUAUUUUAAUCGUACCAUUCAUUUUAUAAAAAGAGACAAUGAUUUCUAUUCUCGAAUAUUUAUGUUCAUUAAGUAUUACUGCUGUAAAGCACACAGAUGCUGUGAAACAAAAAUGAAAUAAGAAUUGAAACUGCA